AUGCAGCACCAACAGCAGAUGCAGCACCAGCAGCAGAUGCAGCAGAUGCAGCAGCCACCGCAGCUGCCGCUGAUUCAGAACGGCGCAAUACCACAGCAUCCUCAACACGCGCAGCCUCCGCAGCAUGCCCCUGUUCUGCAGCACCCGCCAGUUCCACAGUAUCCUCCGGUUCCGCAGCACCCGAUGGUGCCACAGCACCCACCGGUUCCGCAACACGCUUUGGUGCCACAGCACCCACCGGUUCCGCAGCACCCACCGGUUCCGCCACUUCCGCAACACUCGCAGCAUCCUACGGGUCCACGGCCCAAAGACUCCAGAUAUAAAGGAAAGCGUGUCUACCCGUCUGUACCGAACCAGCCGUCGGAAGCUUCCGCGCACUUCAUGUUCGAGCUCGCUAAAAGCGUGCUGUUUAAAGCCGGCGGAUCCUCUAGUACCAGUCUCUUCACUCAGACACAUUAUGCGCGUGGACACAUCGGACCACAUAGGGGCUUACACAUGGCCGCCUUUCAAUUGGGCCUCUAUGCGUUGGGCUUGCAUAACUGCGUUAGCGCCAAUUGGUUAAGCCGCACGUACUCUUCACACGUCAGCUGGAUCACAGGUCAAGCUAUGGACAUCGGGGCACCGGCGAUUUUGUUUUUGAUCGAUGCAUGGGAAGGUCACUUGACUCCGCCCGAGGCAGCGGGAAUCGCCGAUAAGGCGUCGUCGGGCCGCGACGUGCACAUCGUGCGCGCGGCCGCCGAGCUAGCGCUGUCGGUGCUGCCGCACGCGCACGCGCUCAACUACAACGAGAUCCAGCGCGCCGUGCUGCAGUGCAAGGAGCAGAGCGACGCGAUGCUCGAGCGCGCCUGCCUCACGGUCGAGGCCGCGGCCAAAGGCGGCGGAGUGUACCCGGAGGUGCUGUACACGGUGGCGCGCUACUGGCACGAGCUGUACCUGCGGCAGGGCACGGACGAGGAGUUGGCCGAGGAGCCGCAGCAGCGCGCGCCGCAGCCGCCGCCGCUGCCCGUGCCCUACGCGCUGCCCUACGCCUUCCCCUACCACCCCUACCCGCCGCACAUCUACCAGCUGCAGUACGGCGGCGCGGCCGGCGGCCACCCGGCGCCCCCCUACGCGCUGCCGCAGUACUUCGUGCGGGGGCUGGUGGCGCCGCAGCCGGGGCACGCGGCCCACGCUGCGCUGCCGCAGCACCUGCAGCACCCGCAGCAGCAGCCGCAGCCGCAGCACGGCCACGCUGCGCUGCCCGCCCUGCCGCCGAUCCCGCCGAUCCCGCCGGUGCCGGCCUUCCAGGCGCACGCGGUGCUCCAACCGGCCCCGCCGCACCCCCCACAUCAGGCGCAUCAACCGCUCCCGGCGCCCGUACCGGCCAACCAUCCGGCCCCGAUUGCACCACCGGCAGCAGCGGCUGGUGUGGGUAACAUUGGGCCAGUCGGUGCAAUGAACAACCUAGGCGGAGUGGGAAACGUGGGAAACGCGGGUAACGCGGGAAAUGCUGGCAACGGGGGAAACGGCGGAAACGCGGGAAACGCUGGAAACGUGGGCAACCUGGGCGGCGUCCCUCAGCCGGCGCCCGGUCCUAACACCCUACAGCAGGCCCAAAUGCGGCUUCUGCUCGCCGCGUACAGGGUCGGAAUGCUUGCGCUAGAGACCCAAGCGAGGAGAGUGCAUGACGAUCGCCCGCAGAAUAAGUUUGGAAGGAACCCGCCGUACGGCGAGCACGUCAAGUGGCUGCUGCGCAUAUCCAAGCGUCUGGGCGCCGAGUACCUGCACCAGUUCUGCGUGUGCGCCGUGAACUCGGUGGUGUCGCCCUUCGUGCUAUACGAGCUGUGCACCGAGUCGGCGCAAUGGCUGGCGCGCAACAGCCCCAACCACGUGAUCAUGCACCACCUGCGAGGCGCGCUGGCGCCGCUCGUCCAGAAGUGCCAGCAGAUGUACAUCCAGUGCAUCCACCAGAAGUUGUACCAUUUGACUACGGUGGAAUAUGAAGAGUUUGUGGGUAUCGUGCUCUCGGCGCGCACCGCCUUCCACUUGACACCUGAAGGCCACACGCAGUUUAAAGAAUGGCUUGCUUCGUUGCGCAGGUCGAAGUCGUGCAAGAAGGACCUGUGGACCCAGCUGAACGCCGCGCUGCAGACCAACCGA